AUGACUGCACUAAGACACGAAAGCGCCGCCAUGUGUCCUCGUUGUGGCUACGUAACUGGACGCAUGAAAGAGGGCUGCGAUCGGAAAUGUACAGGAGGCGGUUCCACGGCAGUCCUGGCCAAAGAAGUCGAGGCUAAGGCAGAGAGUCCAGGUAUAGCCAAAGCCUACCUCAGCGGGCUGGAGGACACUAUCCGAGAAGAGCUGCAGCUUAUCGAUCAAGACAAGCUGACCAAAGAAAAGUUGGCAAAGAUCGGGAAAGACUGUGCGGUCUGUGUUUCGACCAUUGAUCAGGCUUUGUUGGAUGGUAGUGCCUCCUCGUUUACCGUACUUUCUGAUGUUCAGCGAUUGGUGCACAGCUUCGUAAAUCCUCUGCGCAAGAAUCGUGAAGCACCACCACUCAAGGUCGGAGAGUCCGAUGUCAAAAUCGAUAAGGCUCUACAGAACGAGAAAGCGAGUAGGAAACGCGCUCCCACCGGUGAUCCAUUGUUUCAAAGGUUCAUGAAGAAGGCCAAAACUGGUAUCAUCGAGGAUGAGGAGGACAAGAUCGAUCUGGAAGCAGGCUCCGAUGGCGAUGACGAUAGGGACAUCCACGACGAAGAAGAUGAUGGCGGCGAGUUCGAUGUUGAUGGAGAGGACGAGUAUGCACCUGGCAAUGACGAUGAUGAAGCAGGCGAUGAACUGGAGGAAGAUCAUGUAGAGUGGUGA